AUGAGGCCAGCCACCCACGUUCCCGAUAAGAAGGGGGCCGCUGUGCCUGCCCUGCUAAGGCAAAACAAUGAAGGUGGAAAUGGCCCGGCAACUGAGAGGGGCCUUGCAAAAGGAACGCCCGUGCCUGCCUGGACCGUCCCGGCCUCCCCCCAAGCCUCGGAUACUGUCAGCCGCUGGCAGCGCUACUCAGCCGCCGCAAGCGCGUCUCGCAAGGUCCCACGCCGCGCCAAACAGCUGACUCCAAGCUCCGAGCCUCGCAAGCGCGCCUCGCCGCGCCAAACAGCUGAUCUUCAGAAGCCCCCGCGCCGCUCAACACAGCCGCCGCAAGCGCGCCUCGCCGCCAAAGCACCAGCCGCCGAUCAGCUGUUUAAGGAAGCUCCAACCCAGCCGCCUAGGCCUCGACCCUGCACCGGACGAACGUGGCUCUCUAACAGAGAGCCGAAAACAAACUGCGCAAUGAGGCGGGAGCCGGGGCUUAUAAAGCCCCACCUCCACGCCUUGCCAAAACACCCGUAUGUCGGUGCAAUGAUAAAAUUUCACCAGCACGUCCUGGCUUUGGUGUUUGCUGUAAAAGAGAUCAACCAAAAUCCCACAUUUUUGCCCAACAUCACUCUCGGGUUCCACAUCUACGAUAACUUCUAUGAUAUGAAGAUGACCUAUCGUACCACCCUUGGUUUGAUCUAUAAAUUGCAUCAAUAUUUUCCUAACUAUGAAUGUGAUGCCCACAAAAACCUAGUAGCUGUCGUUGGGGGAAUUACCUUUGAUAUGUCUUUCCACAUGUCAAACAUCCUAAGUCUCUACAAGAUUCCACAGGAGCCAGUGGGGCUCAAUGAAACAUGUACCGGCGAAGAGAGGCUGGAGAAUCUUCAAAGUUCUCUUUUUGAAAUGAGCAUGACUGGUCACAGCUACAGCAUUUACAAUGCAGUCUAUGCCAUAGCACAUGCUCUUCGUAUGCUGUACUCAUCCAGAAUCAAUCACAUGGAAACAGAUAGUGGAAAGAGAAUGGAACUUCAAGAUCUCCAGCCUUGGCAGACAAUGCCUCUUUCGGUGUGCAAUGAUUACUGCAAACCUGGAAAUUAUAAGAGAAAGAGGGAGGGGGAGAAAUUUUGCUGCUACGAUUGUGUUCCCUGCCCAGAAGGGAAGAUUUCAAGCCAAAGAAACAUGGGCAAUUGCAUCAAAUGCCACAGUGAUCAAUAUCCAAGCAAAAACAAAGACGGAUGCAUCGCCAAGACAUUAAACUUCUUGUCUUUUGAAGAACCUUUAGGAAUUAGUUUGGCUUCCGUAGCUGUCUGUUUUUCCCUCAUCACAGCCACAGUGCUAGGAAUCUUCAUUAAGCACAAAGACACCCCCAUCGUCAAAGCCAACAACCGAGAUAUCACCUACGUACUUCUCAUCGCUCUCCUGCUCUGCUCCCUCUCUUCUUUGCUAUUCCUUGGCCGACCGAGGAAGGUGACAUGCUUUGUCCGACAGUCUGCUUUCAGCAUCAUCUUCUCAGUGGCUGUUUCUUGUGUUUUGGCCAAAACCAUUACUGUGGUUGUAGCUUUCAUGGCCAACAGACCAAGGUCCAGUAUGAGGAAGUGUCUGGGGAAAUGGCUGGCUAACUCAGUUAUCCUUUCCUGUUCCCUUAUUCAAGUUGGCAUUUCAAUGGUGUGGCUGGCAACCUCACCACCUUUUCCUGAUUUUGACACAGAGUCUCUGACUAAAAAUAUUGUAUGGGAAUGUAACGAUGGGUCUGUCACUAUGUUUUAUAUUGUUCUGGGCUACAUGGGACUUCUAUCCAUUAUUAGCUUGAUUGUAGCUUUUCUAGCCAGGAAGUUGCCAGACAGUUUUAAUGAAGCCAAGUUCAUCACUUUCAGCAUGUUGAUCUUUUGUAGUGUUUGGGUCUCUUUUGUUCCAGCCUAUCUGAGCAGCAAAGGGAAAUCCAUGACAGCCGUGGAGAUCUUUUCUAUUUUGGUGUCUAGUGCUGGGUUACUAGUCUGUAUCUUUUCCCCAAAAUGCUACAUCAUUAUAUUGAGACCUGAGCUGAACAGGAAAGAGGCACUAAUAAGGAGAAAAAAUAACUAA